AUGGAUUACUACUUCCAAGAUGGAACCACCAAAACACCAGCAGCCUUCCAGAAUGAGCUAACACCUGUAUCUGGUUCAGCUGUGGUUCAGACCAGGAUGAUCUUCAAUUCCUCCUCUCCUGUUCCCAGUGAGAGUUUGGUCCUCAGUGCGAUCCAGACUCUUCUCAGUGCUCGACUCACAAACCUCUCUGACUCUGUAAAAGUGCUGAACUUCACCUACGAGAAAAUUUCAGACACGUCCUAUGCAGUCAACUUCACAUUGAGCAUCAGUAAUGUCAGCAUGUCUAAGAUCCCUGACCUCAGGAACGACACCUACACCCAAGUGGAGAACAUCAUCAAUAACGCUCUAAACACACUUCUAAAUGAACCUGGUGCAGAACCACUCAAACCCCAGAGCUCUUUCAUCACGAGUUCAGGAAACCAGGUUAAUGGUGAUAUGGAUUACUACUUCCAAGAUGGAACCACCAAAACACCAGCAGCCUUCCAGAAUGAGCUAACACCUGUAUCUGGUUCAGCUGUGGUUCAUACCAGGAUGAUCUUCAAUUCCUCCUCUCCUGUUCCCAGUGAGAGUUUGGUCCUCAGUGCGAUCCAGACUCUUCUCAGUGCUCGACUCACAAACCUCUCUGACUCUGUAAAAGUGCUGAACUUCACCUACGAGAAAAUUUCAGACACGUCCUAUGCAGUCAACUUCACAUUGAGCAUCAGUAAUCUAAACACACUUCUAAAUGAACCUGGUGCAGAACCAUUCAAACCCCAGAGCUCUUUCAUCACGAGUUCAGGAAACCAGGUUAAUGGUGAUAUGGAUUACUACUUCCAAGAUGGAACCACCAAAACACCAGCAGCCUUCCAGAAUGAGCUAACACCUGUAUUGGGGAAUGUCCUGAUACGUAUUCGUCUAGUUUUUAAGAACUUGACCAGAGUACCUAGUGAGGCUGAUGUUCUCAAUGCUGCUAAUGCUCUGCUGGACUCAAAGAUCAGAAGAGCACGAGCUCUUGUAACACAAAAACUGAGUGAUCCUGUGAGCAUACAGAAUGUCAUCUAUGAAAAAAUUGGAAACAACUCCUACAUUAUAAGCUUUGCAUUUCAAAUCAGCAAUGUGACCAUCUUCAAAGACGUUCAGCUGAGGAACGAAACAUAUGUUUUAAUUCAAAACACCAUCAACAGCCUGCUGAACACUAUUCUGAAUGUGAAAGAUGCUCCUGCAUUUGUCUUUCCACAAGCAAACUACACGUUUAAUGGUACAGCAAUUGAGGCUAAUUCCGAAUACAUCUUCGUGGAAGGUGAAACCAAGUGGACACCAAGUGGAUUUCUUUCUGCAAUACUCAACAUUAGUGGUUUGUCGACCUUCACCACUCCUGCUGCUCAAACCAAUCCCCCUGUCCUGAGGCCCACAGUGCAAGCACACAGCAACACCACCACCACUGGAGGAAAUUCUGCAUGGAUCCUGGGAAUCAUUAUCCCCUGCAGUAUAGUCAUUAUUCUCAUACCAUGCUGGAUUCUACUCUGUUGUCUGCUGUGUGGCUGCUGUGCUGGUUUAAGGAGACGCUACAAUAGAAGACGGUCCUACAAUGUCCAAUACACAACACGAAAUGGACUCUUUUAAAAACAGUUAGAGUGUAAAAUAAUUUCACGAAAAUAUUAUUUGCAACUCCAUUAGACUCUUUUUUAAUCUGUUUCAUUAUACAGUUUAUUUUUUAUUUGUUUACCUAUUUAAUUAUUUCAUCCAUUUAAUUCUAUCUUAUUUAAUCUUCAUGCAUAAUUAAUUUUAUUUCAACUACAUACAUAAAAAUUAAGCUACAUAUGGUCUAUUAAAGUGAAUUAUUAAACAGGAUAAUGUAUAUAUUCUUUCCAAACUAAUGUUCAGUUAUGUUGUAAUUUAACUUAUUUAUUAAUUUAACUUAUUUAUUAAAGCUAUUUAUAAUAAAGUUUGUCAAAUAUUGCUUGCUCAAUUGAGAUUAAUCCACACAAUUAAAAUCUGUAUCCUGUGUUUAUAUAUUUCUGUAAAGCUGCCGAGACAGACCGUUGUAAAAAGCACUAUACAAAUAAAAUUGAAUUGAAAUAUC